AUGUCAGAUAAUGAAUUCGAAACGGCAGGGAACGUUGAAAGUCGAAGGAAGAGCCCAACAUAUUCAUCUAAGGCAAGUUUAACAUCAAAAUUUGUGGAAAGUUUAAGAUUUUGUAAGGUUUUUAAUUGGAAUUGUUAAGUUUAGGUAAUAGCAGUCUUGGACGACAUCGGACAGUCAGAAUUCUAUGAUCCGGAUUUGGAUAUGACUUCAGUGAUCAACAGAUUGUUUCCAACAGAGCAAAGUUUGAGUUUAUUGGACUCGGUUGUUCAAAGGAUCGAUGAUGAGGUGAACGACUUGGAUAAUGAACUGGCGGAUCUUGUGGAGAUGCAUGGCCAAGUCACGGACGAUGGAAUGGCUGCUUUAGCUAAAGUAAGGUUUAGUUUUUGUUAUUUUUGCAUAUUUAGGUUGAAUCUUCAAUUUUUAUUGGUUUGACGGAGCAAAGAAGUCAAGAGUAAUGUAAACUGGUAUUGAUGGUUUACUUUUAGGCCAAUUCAGCUAUGAAAGACCUCGAAAGGAGGGUAGAUCAGAUUAGAAGUAAAACACAGUUAUCAGAGUCGACUGUGCUGGACAUGACACGCGAUAUAAAUCAAUUGGACGUUGCCAAGAAGAACUUGACUUCUUCUAUAACAUGUUUACAUCAUUUACAUCUUCUUUUGACCGGAGUGAAUUCAAUUAGUAAGUCUUCCGAAAGACUAAAAUUUUAGCUAACUUUUAAGCGUGUUUUCAAUUUUUAAAGGCUUUAAAAAUCUUGUGUUCUAUCUAAAUCAGUAGAUUGUUACCUAAAACAACAUUAUUUUCUAAAACUUACUUUAAUAUAUUGAUUCAACAUUUAACAAAAGUAAUUUUCUAGCUCAAUGGAUGGUUACAAAACGAUAUGGAGACAUCUCUACAGAGCUGCCAGCUGUGUUGAACGUUUUACAGCUGUUCGAAGAUUACAUGCGAGUACCUCAAGUUCGAAAUCUGACAGAAAGGCUACACACAUUGAAAGAAAAGCUGAGUAUACAAGUUGCAGCAGACCUUCAGACAGCUUUUCAAGUAUGUAUUUUUCUAUUUUUGAUUGGAUUUUAGGUGAUAUGCGCUAAUUAUAUGGUGAUAGAUACUUAUGUUGAUGUUGAGUUAUAAAACUUGACUUUGAAUCUUUAGUUUAAGAAAAUAAAGUUGAAAUGUCAGAAAAUUAAAGUUCAAGUUCAAAAAAAGGUAAUUUUACGUUUCCAGGCAGGCCAGAUCAAUACAAAAACGGCAGAUAUGUGCAAAGUAGUAUCGAUACUUGGGGGAAAAGUCGAAGACGACUUUCGAUCAUGGUUCAUAUCAUCACGGCUUCAAGAAUACAAAGUGCUGUACGCGGAUAAUGAGGACGUGGCAUGGAUCGACAAAAUUGACCAAAGAUUCCGAUGGUUCGUAUCAAAACUGGCAGAAUUCGAACGAACUGGAAUGGCCAAGGUCUUUCCGCCAAACUGGGAGAUGGGCCGAAGGUUGGCUUUCGAAUUCUGUGAAAUCACACGAUGUCAGUUGGGCCGUAUGAUGUCGAGAAGAAGGCUGGAGAUCGAGUGGAAGCUACUAGCACACGCUAUCAAUCAUACGAUCAUGUUUGAGAACUUACUCUGUAAACGAUUCCCGGCGAAAGACAACUUCAAUUUCGAGAAAAUCAUUUGGAAAUGCUUUGACAACUUCAUGGAUGUGUUUGUCGCGGCCCAGUCGAAGAGUUUGACACAAUUUCUGGAAGAUUGUGCUACAAAGAUUCGAAGUGGUGAAGAGAAGCCAAUCAAAGAGGCUGUGGUCAGUGCUCAUCCACUACCUUCAAGUGCUGACCUGUUCUUGUUGUUGAAGAAGAUUAUUACGGAGUCGAGCAAGCUGAGCGCGGAUCCAAAUUCAUUGUUAUUGUAGGUUUUUGGGGCAUUUUAUGGGGUUAUUGAGGCAUUUUUUGGGGUUUUUGGGGCUGUUUAUGGGCUUAUUGAUACAUUUUUAGUCGAUUUUUGGUUAUUUAAUAAAGUUUUUGAGGCAUUUUAUGUGGAUUGUGGACUAAUUUAUGAGGUUUUUAGGGCAUUUUAUGUUAUUCAUUUAAAAUGGCAUUUUUUUAGAAAGUUAAUUGAAGUCUUCAAGCAAUGUCUUCGCGGCUACGCUCAUGGUUGUCUAACAGCCUUUAUGCCUUCGAUAACAGCUACUCCAUCGAAUAGCAUUCUUCAGAACUUGAUCAGGGAGGAAACCGCUGUCAGGCUGACUGGAGAUCAACAAUUCUUUUGUUGUUGUAUCUUGGCAACGGCUGAUUGGUGCGCCGAAACCACGAAUCAGCUGCAGGAGAAGUUGCAGCAAAGGAUUUCGGUGGGGUUUUGAUGUUUUGUUACCGUUUUAUUUUUUUUUUUUUUGUUACCUAAAAUUUGAUUUUUUAAAAUUAUUGUUACCUAAAAUUAUAUUUUUGAAGUUUUAAAAAUUUUGUUACUUAAAAUUCCAAAAAUAUUGUUUUUUCAAUUCCAGACAGUCGAUUUUGGGCAAGAAAUGGAGCUCUUCUACUCGAUAUCGAAUAAUGCACUGCAAAGUUUGGUAGCCGAUUGCGAAAUCUCUUGUGAUGCCGCUCUACAAGCCAUGACAAAAAUAAAGUGAGUUCUUUGAAAAAAUUGGGAUUCUACGUAACAAUUUUUUAAUUUUUGGGAUUUUGGGUAAUAUUUUUAAGGUUUUGGAAUUUUAGGUAAUAUUUUUAAAAAUUUCGAGAUUUUAGGUAACAUUUUGGAUUUUUUUUUGCAAUCUAGGUAACAUUUUUGAAAAUUUUUGAAUUUUGGGUAAUAUUUUUAUAUAAGCUUCACAAUUUCAGUUGGAACAACGUAGAAGCCGUAGGCGACGAAUCAGCUUACAUAUCAGCGAUCAGGAAGCACCUCCGUCAGUCAGUACCACUAAUACGAGACUACUUCGCGGACCGAAGGAAGUACUUUGCCCACUUCUGUCUCAAACUCGCCACUCAACUGGUCAAUAAGUAUAUGGGAGCCAUAUUCCGAUGUAAACCAUUAUCAGUGAUGGGAGCCGAGCAACUUCUACUCGAUACCCACGCCUUCAAAACCUUCCUAUUGUCAUUACCGUCGGUAGGCAGUAGCAUCGUGGUGAAACCUCCAACGCCCUUUACAUCCGCAGUAAAUGAAGGAAUGACGAAGGCAGAGAUGGUACUCAAAGUGGUAAUGUCCGACAUAUCCAAGACUGAGGACUUUAUACUGAACUAUGCCAGAAUGAUGCCACGAUCCGACGCCAACGAGCUUCAGAAAAUAUUGGAGAUGAAGGCGCUGAAGAGGUCGGAAGUGGCAGCGAUAGUCCAGCUAUAUAGGACCAAGAUUGAAGGAUUCGUACCAACAAGUACCACUGCACCAUCGGUCUCAAUGCCGUCCGCUUUCUCGGCCUUUGCUUCAUUGGCUUCGGACAACUUUACUGAUUCAAGCAUGAGGAGGUUGGAGAAGUUGGUCAAAAAGUUGUAGUUAUUGCUCAUUUAGUUGUAGUAGAUGGGUAAUAUCUGGUGGAAAAGAUGUAUAUUGUUAUAUUAGAUUGUUCACUUAAUUCUGCGCCCCCUCCCCCCUUCCAAGGCUAAUUUGUGGGGUAUGGGGCGCAGGAUUAUGUUAACAAUCUAAUAUGAGGGAAAUGGUGGAAAACUUGUGCCAAUAUGUGAUAAAAUGAUGUCAGUGAUAAUAUGAUGUAUAAUAUAUUUAUAAUAAUAUUGUUUGCAAAUUUUAAUAUUGUGAUAAAUCCCAUACCAAAGCAUAAUUUUCCCAACGGAAAUGUAAUUUUUAUUCGGAUAAACGCACUUGAACUCGUACUUAAAAGUCGAUGACGGAGAGCGGGCCAUUGUUCCUCCUCCUUAUGUUAUUAUGGAUACCUGGGCCCAUUUUUUCUUGAUUUUUUUAACUUCGUUAAAUUUGGAGGCACACAAGUGUUCAGGGUGAGUUUUUAUGGCUAUAUAAUAUGGCCAAGUUAUUUUUUCAAUAUUUUUUUUUAAUUUUUGGUUUUUCGAAAAAUGAAAGAUUGGUGGAAGAUUUUCAGUGCAAAAUACAUUACAAAUCUUCCACUGUAAUUCCACUUUUAAAAAGUGUUAAAAACUCAUUUUUAGGCCAUUUUAAGACAUUUUUAAAAUGGAAAUUGAGUGGAAGAUUUUUAGUGCAAAAUACAUUAGAAACCUUCCACUGAACUUCCACUAUUAAAAAGUGUCAAAAAUGCAUUUUAGGUCAUUUUAAGGUAGUUUAGAAAAUGAUGGUUGAGUGGAAGAUUUUUAGUGCAAAAUACAUUACAAAUCUUCCACUCAACUUCCACUUUUGAAAUCAUGUUACUUUUUGUUUUGUAAAUAAACUUCUUGCAAUUUAAUGGUUUGUAUUGAAAAUUUCUGCAAUUUUUAUUCCGUUACAGUACACGUCGUAUUUUACAGAGUAAAAUGUCUGGAAAAGCGAGAAUCGCAGAAACCGGCCGGAACUCGAGGAGUGGGCAAAUCGUGCACAUUGACGACAGAUUGUGUGACUGGAGCGUUCUGCGACAAUAAUUAUUGUCGAUGUUGGUCAUCCUACGUUCAUAUUGAGGAUUUCUGUUGGAAACGUAAGUUUCUUAUUAUUUUCUGGUCUGGAAAGAAAGUUCUUGCUAUUUUAUGCACUUUAAAGAAAAUUCUUGCCAAUUUUUGUUUUGUAAAGAAAGUUCUUUCCAUUUUGUGUUUUGUAACGAAAGUUCUUGCCAGUUUUAUCAAAACAAGACAAUUUUGUGUUUUGCAGCCUGCGGGUGACAUCUUAUACGAUGAAAAUAACAUUUUUUGAUUUUCAAUUAUUCCACCUUAGUAAAACACUAUUGUAGGUAUCAACCCAGAAGAGUCUGGCUGCACAUACGAUGCGCAGUGCGAAGCAGUUUGGCCUGGUGCUAAAUGUGCAUCAUCUGGAGUAUGCCAUUGUGCUGAUGGUGAAGUUACAGUACCCACGAGAGAAGGGUUGGCAUGCCAUAUUCAAAAUGAAUGUCCGACCAAUGGUGUGAAUGCCGUUUUGUUUAACAGGAACAGUAAUCGAAAGGCGGAGUGUUAUUUUUUUGAUAGGCAUGGUCAAGAAUUACCUGGACACUUCAUGGGGUGCGAGGAUGCACCAGAGAUGUAUGAUUGUAUUGAUGGGUUGUGUUGUCCUAGUAGAGGUGAGUUAGGUAGGGUAGGGUAGGGUAGGGUAAGGUAGGGUAGGGUAGGGUAGGGUAGGGUAGGGUAGGGUAGGGUAGGGUAGGGUGGGGUAGGGUACGGUAAUGUAGGGUAGGGUAGGGUAGGGUAGGGUAGGGUAGGGGUAGGGUAGGGUGGGGUAGGGUACGGUAAUGUAGGGUAGGGUAGAAUAGGGUAGGGUAGGGUAGGGUGGGGUAGGGUACGGUAAUGUAGGGUAGGGUAGGGUAGGGUAGGGUAGGGUGGGGGUAGGGUACGGUAAUGUAGGGUAGGGUAGGGUAGGGUAGGGUAGGUUGGGGUAGGGUAGGGUGGGGGUAGGGUAGGGUGGGGUAGGGUAGGGUAGGGGUAGGGUAGGGUAGGGUAGGGUAGGGUAGGGUAGGGUAGGGUAGGGUAGGGUAGGGUAGGGUAGGGUAGGGUAGGGUAGGGUAGGGUGGGGUAGGGUACGGUAAUGUAGGGUAGGGUUCGAUUGGUUGGGAUAGGGUAGGGUAAAGAAAUUUUAAAACUUUUGGGAACAAAGCUUUUGCCAUUUUCAGCGUUUACCUGUAUUCAACCAAUGGAUGGAGGUCAAUUAGCUAACGAUACAAAACCCGUGAAGCGUUGGUUUUACAAUUCGGCUACCUCAACUUGUCGUCAAUUCACUUAUGGUGGUCUACAGGGCAACUCGAACAACUUUUUGACGAAACAACAUUGUGAGAGCUACUGUUUAAGCCGUAAGUUAUUUGCCUCGCCUUGCCCUGGCCUUGCCCUUGCCUUGCCUUGCCUUGCCUUGCCCUGGCCUUGCCCUGGCCUUGCCCUGGCCUUGCCCUGGCCUUGCCCUGGCCUUGCCCUGGCCUUGCCCUGGCCUUGCCCUGGCCUUGCCCUGGCCUUGCCCUGGCCUUGCCCUGGCCUUGCCCUGGCCUUGCCCUUGCCUUGCCCUUGCCUUGCCUUGCCUUGCCUUGCCUUGCCUUGCCUUGCCUUGCCUUGCCUUGCCUUGCCUUGCCUUGCCUUGCCUUGCCUUGCCUUGCCUUGCCUUGCCUUGCCUUGCCUUGCCUUGCCUUGCCCUGCCCUGCCAUGUCUUGCCUUGCCUUAUUCUUCCCUGCUUUACCCUUUCCUACUUUACACUAUCUCAGCCUACCAUACCCUACCAUUAGUUAUAAGGGUCAUUAUAUUAUAGCACAAAUGCUCUCGCGUUUUCGGGGGCAAGGGUUCAACAGUGCCACUAAAAGUGGGGGACAAAGCGCAAAAGUCUGGGACAAACCGGUAGGCAGAUAUUUGUCCGAAACUUAUGAGAGGGCGUGGAAUUUGCCAAGAUGGUGAUGAUGAAAAGUCGGUGAGGGGAAGGGGAGAAAAAGUUGAAGUUGCUAAGGGAUGGGGGAUGAAAAGUCGCGGAAGUUGCUGAACUAAUUGAACGCUUUCAAUGCAUGUUUUAAUUCUAAUUUCAUUGAUGAAUUCCAUAUUUACUUCAAUUCAAAAUAUAGAUUCGUUACCGAUCGUCUUUUCCGAUAAUUUGUGACUUUUCGUUAUUGCGGCCGCUUUUUUAUUUUUUGUCGUGUUUUCGGCUGUAAUAGGGUCCAAACUUUACGGAUGUUCAUCGGUUUUGUUCCCAGAGAAGCGGAAAAAUAUAGUUAAUAUUUUAAACAAAAUUUAAAACUAAAACCAUUUCUUACAACAUAUAUAAAUCGUGUAAUUUAAAAUAUAUUUUACAACAUUUUUGUAUUUUUAAUUAUUCGAAUCAAUCUUGGGGGCGACGAAAUGUCUACAAUCGAUUUUUUCAUAAUUUUCUAUUUUUGGGGAGCCGUGCAUGUUCCGAUGUUCUGUAGCUGUUCGGGUAUAAUUCGCUUGCCAGGGUUAUAUUGGUCAUUAUAUCGCCACUUUGUGGGAGAGCGUGUGCUCUGUCUACUGAAUCAUAGAGGAAGCUAUUACGAUUGGCAUGAACGCAUGUCUGUAUGAAGCGGAUUGACUAAGCUUCAUUACGUCCGGUGCUCUGCCGUAUGUCUCUCUUACGGAGAUCCCGGUUGAGAAUAUCCCGUUUGUAUAAUUACGAUUUUGUACAAUUCGUCCGACUUGACCGUGUACCGGUCUUACGUCCAGGACAAGCAUGUGUGCGGAGUCGGGUUGGUGUGAUCCUUAUACAAGUUCAUUUUCAUUUGGUACAUAAUAUGUCACAACCUUUUUCGUCCAAGUUCUUACGAUUGUAGAACACAUCAAGUACUAUUACGUAAAAUGCAAUUUCGUUUAAACAACAUAUUUAAUUUUACUUUUUUAGUAAAAUUAAAUCGUUUUUAAAAAACACGAAACAAAGGUUUUACCUACUUGUCUUUGUUUAUGAAAAUGUAUAACUCUUUUCUGGAAAUAAGGUUAGUCUUUUUGUUGACUGUAGUAUCUUUGUGAACAUACAAGGUGGUUUCUGCCAAACUUUCUAUUGUUUGGCUUUAAGAACCUUCACAACAUCUCCAAUUUUUAACUUACGGCUUGGUAAUUUGAACUUAACGCCCGGCCACAUGAUUACGAUUGGUCAGGUAGUCUAAAAGUAAAAUUCGUAAAAAUUGUUCUUUUAUUUGUAAAUGAGUACUUAUUUUAACGAAUUGUAAAAGUUAGUUUGGUACCUUGUGCUAUUUUACUAUACAAGUAGUACCAGCUGAACGUGUUAGUGGUAGUAUUUUUACUAUAUGUUAUUCUAUGUUACUUUGUGUGUGGUACUAGGUGAAUGUGUGAGUGGUACUGUUUUUACUAUAAGUUAUUCUAUGUUACUAUACAAUUAGUGCUAGGUAAAGUGAGUGGUACUGUUUUUACUAUAAUUUAUUCUAUUUUACUUUGUGUGGUUACAAAGCUUACCUUCGAAGCAUAGCCCGUUUGUAGUUUGGCCUGUUACGUCUUCAAUGAGAUUAGUGAUAGUGUUGGGAACAAAUUCGUCGUAUUCGAUAGAUGUAACUGUACCCCUGACUACGAUUUGUGUCACAGAAGUUGGUUUUGAUGACCGGCAAAUCUGUAGGGAAAAUAAAAAAUUGAACUCGUAAAUUGAUUUAAAUUUACAAACUGUUUGUAUUAAAUAUAUUAUCCACCAACAAAAAAAUACAAAACUGUGUUUUGUAAGUCGCUUACUUUUUACGUCAAAGAUUUCAUUUGCGCUGUAUCCAAAUAACCAAGGUAAGACGAAUUUUAAAACUUGUCUAGCCCAUUUGGCUUUUGAGCGUGUUAUGCCUGGUGAAUGGGUCAGAAUCAACACUGCAAGUAGUAACAGUAUGGCAUUUACGUUGCUUGCAUUCGUGUUGAGAAAAAAAGAUAACAAAAUGAAUAACGAAUAUCUGCAUCCAAUUGCAAACGUUGUUUUAGCUCAUUUAUUUCUUCCCUUUUGUUUACGACUUUUAUAACAUCUUUACAAUUAAAAAACUCGACCGACAAGUAAUCAAUGUGCGAAGAUGCUUACGUACGCUUCUUGCGCGUUAUUUAUUCUGGGCAGGUCGCUAUGGACAGUACGGUGAUGAUUCCAUGUCGUUUUAGGAAACCGUGCUUCCUCCUCGUCACUUCCAAUGUAAACACUAUAAUUAAAUAUAUACAUAUAUGAACUUACUAAUUACGAAGCUUUCUGUUAUAGCCGGGAGCAUUCCAGGUCUUCUAACCUGCUCACCGAGUUCUUUUACAGAGCAAUCUUUAACAUUCAAUACCAAUUUCUUUCUUUAUCCUUUAUUCACUAGUUGAGAAGACUAGUGAAUAAAGACCAUCUGCCCGUCGGCAAGUGGAGCCUACAACAGUUAACCCGACUGGCGAUAACGGAGGUACCUCUGGGUUUUAAAGCGGCUUUCGGACUCAUUAAUCAGUCUAGGAAACCUUAUAUUUAUAACCUUGAGAUUGCCUCGUUACAUUUGUAUAAACGAUUAUGUAUAGUUCAUCCGAUUUGACCGUAUAUCGGUCAAAUGUCUACGACAAACACGUUUGCGGGGUCGGGUUUACGAUGUCCUUGUAUAGAUGAUCAACUUCCGUAAUGCCGUAGCGUGCCCGAAGAUCUCUUUUUUACAAGUUCCCAGGAUUGUAGAACACAUCAAGAACUACGGCAUGGUCGUAUAAACUGAAAUUUUAUUUAAAAACCAUGUUUGAUUUACAUUUUUCUAGUAAAAUCAUAUUGUUUUUAAAAGAGCACAAAACAAAGGUUUUACCUACUUGUCUUUGUUUAUGAAGGUGUAAAACUCGUUUCUUGAAGUAAGGUUAGUCUUUUUGUUGACUGUAGUAUCUCUGUGAACAUACAAGGCGGUUUUUACGGAACUUUUCGAUUGUUUGGCUUCUAGAAUCUUCACAACAUCUCCAACUUUUAGCUUACGGCAUGGUAGUUUGAACUUAAUGAUUACGGUUGGUAAUGUAAUCUAAAAGUAAAAUUCGUAAAAAUUGUUCUUUUAUUUGUAAAUGAGUACUUAUUUUAACGAAUUGUAAAAGUUAGUUUGGUACCUUGUGCUAUUUUACUAUACAAGUAGUACCAGGUGAACGUGUUAGUGGUAGUGUUUUUACUAUAAGUUAUUCUAUGUUACUUUGUGUGUGGUACUAGGUGAAUGUGUGAGUAGUACCGUUUUUAUUAUUAGUUGUUCUAUUUUACUUUGUGUGGUUACAAAGCCUACCUUCGUAGCAUAACCCAUUUGUAGUUUGUUACGUAUUCAAAUAGCCCAUUGAAAGUUGUGGGAACAAAUUCGUCGUUUACGAUAGAUGUUAUUACGCCUCUGAUUUCGACUUUAAGCGGAAAAUUGGCUUUUACGCUAAGAUCCAUGGUAAUACGUAUUUUGAAAUUCGUCUAGUCCAUUUGGCUUGUGAGGUGACACCUAGUGAAUGGGUCAGAAUCAACACUACGAGUAGUAGCAGUUUUCGAUUCAUGCUGAUUGCAUUCAUGUUAAGAAAAUAAGAAAACAGAAUGAAUAGUAAACAUCUGCAUCCACUUGCAAACGUUGCUCUAGCUUAUUUAUUUCGUUUACGUUUGCCAAUUGUUCUAUAUACAUUAUUAAGAACUAUAGCAUCCGGUUGUACUGGUUCAUCGGGUAUUUCAAUGUCAUGUUCUCGGUCAUUCCAAGAGUCAAAACGAUUUCUUAGUAGCAAACGUUGAAAAAUUAGUUUGGUCAAAAUCUCAGCCGGAGCCAAGUGUCCGUUAAAAAUGCUACAGAGUGUGUAACUAAUUUGUCGUUGACUACGUGUUUUCUCUUCCAGCGAAUAGCAAAAUGCCCAGAAGGGUUUCGUUCAUAGAAAAUCAUUUGGGUUUGCAUCUCUUGUUCUACGUUUUGUUAUGCUGUCAAUAGUUUUGAAAAACUUGAACGACAAGUAAUCAAUGUGCGUAGAUGCUUACGUAUGCUUCUUGCGCGUUAUUUGUUCUGGGCAGGUCACGGUCAACAGUACGGUGAUGAUUCUAUGUCGUUUUAGGAAACCGUGAUUCCUCCUCGUUACUUCCAAUGUAAACACUAUAAUUUAAAUAUAUACAUAUAUGAGCUUACUAAUUACUACUUACUAAUUACGCCUUCAUCAAUUUUACUACGUGAAUAUCGAAAGGUUUUGCAUCUUUUGGUGCAUCGGUGGGAAAAGUCAAAAAUGACUUUUUGGUAUCUGACGACUACGACAUCUUAUAAAAACAACCGAUCGCAAAACUUGUAGUUUUGAAAAGUGCCGUUUAUUCCGACAUAGACGGUUUGCAAUGUAUAAGCUCCGCCUUUUUUUAUGUAUAAGCUCCGCCUUUUUUUUAUCAAAUUACAUAAAGCGACAUAGCGCCGCCGCUUCAGCUGUUCUCAACCGCUCUGUCUCCCUCAAUCAAGAGGUUUUUAUUCUUUAAAUACAAUCAUAACAUAGCAAAUAUGGUGGGCAUUACGUUCCCCCUGCUUUAAAAACGACGUCUCUGUCUUGAAGAUAGUAAUGAAGUAGAAGAAAAAGUAAAAUAUCUGUAGAUCUUAACACAAUUUUUUUGAGAACAAACCUUCAUUGUAGAAGUCUGUUACAGCUUGCUUGUAAGUAGCUAGUUAUUCUCAAAAAAUAGAUUAUUCAAACUAAAGCCGUAUGCAAUAAGAAUAAGGAAAGGAACGAAAAUAACGCGCCAAAACUUACCAGAUCGCUGCAGAACUUCCGAGAAGGUGAGACCUUUGCUGACGCGGACAGCAAGUGGGGUCAGGCCUGUUAUCCUUUUCCUUCCUUUCGUAUGGCUUUAUACAUAGGGAUUAUCAUGCCGUAUGCUAUUAUUAAAUUACACAAUUCGCUUUUGUAUUCUUCAUGAUAUACCAAACUUUGGCAUGAAUUAAUUAAUGAAACUUAUAUUGAAGUAAAUACUGAAUUCAUCAAUGGAAUGUUGAUUAAAAAAUUGUUUUGAAUUCACUAACAAAACACAUAUUAAAACAUAUAAUAAGUUAAUUAACUAAUAUAUUGAAAGUAUUCAAUGAGUUCAGCAACUUUAGCAACUUCUGCAACUUUUUAUUUUCUAUUUUGUAGCAACUUUUGCAACGUCUACCCUACCCAACCCUAACUUACCUUACCCUACAUUGCCCUACCCUACCCUACUGUACCUUAACCUAACCUGAUUUUAGGAUGCCCUCGUGGCCAACCCUUGCUAGACGAUGACAAAGAUAGUGAGAUAAAAUCGAAGAAAGACCUAAUUUUAACUUGUCAAUCCAAUGAAGACUGUAAAUCCGACAAAUUCAAAUGUACUAAAGUACAGUUGACUCAUUUAUGCUGUCCUGCUUCUGGUGAGUUAUUGUUAUGAAAAUAGCAAGAACUUUCUUUACAAAAUAAAAAAUGGCAAGAACUUUCACUAAAUUUUGAAAAAUAGCAAGAACUUUCUUUACAAAGCAAAAAAAAUAGUUUUAUGCUAUUCAAAAAAACCCGGUAAAAUUUGUGGCAUUUCGUUAAAAAUCGAUAAGUUUUGUGACAUUUCGUCUAAAAGAGCUAAAGCCGGUCAUUUUUGUGACGCUUUGUCAAAUACAUAGAGACUGAUAAGUUUUGUGACAUUUCGUCUAAAAGAGCCAAAACCGAUAUUUUUUGUGACAUUUCGUACAACUUUUUUAACUAUAUCAUUGCAGAAUACAUCUGUAGUGAAUACGGAGGCUUAGGCGGAAUGUGGGCGGAUUUGAGUCGAAAACCCCUCCAGCUGUCUUACAAUUCUGGGACGAAUCGCUUCGGCCAAGACCCAGUAUCAAAGUGGCAUUGGGAUCGAAACUCUCGGAAGUGUCGUCCGUUUCGAUACCUAGGUCAAGGUGGUAAUUUCAAUAACUUUGUGAAUGAACAAGAAUGCCUGGACUAUUGCUCUGCAUCGCUUUGUCCGGUUGGAGCACCGUUACGAGUGGAAUCUGGAGGUAAUGUGGAAUGUCAAGGGGAUCAACAAUGUCCGAGAAGUCAUUACUGUAUCAAUACGGUGUGUUGUCCUACUUCCGGUGAGUUUUUAAAGGUAUUAAGAUACAAUAGGUUCGGUGGGAUAACGUAGGGUAGGGAAGGUCAGGGCAGGGCGAGGUAUGGUACAGUAGAGUAGGGUUGGAUAUUGUACUAGAGACUAUAGAAGGGUUAAUGUAAGUUACGGUAGGCAGCACGGAAAUGCUAAAGCUAAAGGGAGAGUAAGAGAAAGUUGGAUAACGUAGAGUAAUGUAAGGCAUGGUUAGGGCAGUGCAGGGUACGGCAGGGUAAAAAUAUUUAAGCUUACCAAGACUGAGCCAACCGAGACUAGCCCUAUUUAGUCUAGGCUUGGUAAGCCUAAGUUUACUAAUUUUAAGCCUACGCCUAAUAAGUUUAAGCCUAAUAAGCUUAAGCCUACAAAGCCUAAGUUUACUAAGCCUAAACCUUAAUUUUUUUAAAAUUGUUAUAAUUUUUGUUUUAGUGACAAUUUGCAACCUCCCCCUAGUGAUUGGCUCCGCUUGCCAUUCCGAACCAGUUAGCCGUUACUGGUACAAUCCGCAACGCUCUAGCUGUCAACUCUUCCAAUACAAUGGUUGUGGCGGCAACGCGAACAACUUUGCCACAAUAUCCGAUUGUCGUGAGACCUGCUCGUUUCAAGAAGAAGAGCCUCAAUGUGAGCACGGUGAGCCAAUCCGACUGGACAAUGGCCGUAUAUGGAAGUGUAAUCAUACUGAAGAUACGAACGAAUGUCCGCUUAAUUACGAGUGUUACUACGAUGGCACGUUGAGUGGUUGUUGUCCGAAGAAGGCGUACACCUGCUCGAUUCCUAGAGAUAUUGGCAGAAGUUGUGCCCCAGGCAAUGUGACAAAAUGGUACUUUGAUGUGGGAUUGCAGGCGUGUCGACCGUUCGAUUAUAGUGGAUGUGAUGGGAAUUCGAAUCGGUUUAAUAGGUAUGUUUGUGGAGGUGAAUGGAUUUUAUUUUUGAUGGGCAGCGUGAUUAAGCUUAGUAAGCUUAGGCUUAGUAGGCUUAGGCUUAGUAGGCUUAGGCUUAGUAGGCUUAGGCUUAGUAGGCUUAGGCUUAGUAGGCUUAGGCUUAGUAGGCUUAGGCUUAGUAGGCUUAGGCUUAGUAGGCUUAGGCUUAGUAGGCUUAGGCUUAGUAGGCUUAUUCUUAGGAGGUUUAGGCUUAGUAGGCUUAUUCUUAGGAGGUUUAGGCUUAGUAGGCUUAGGCUUAGUAGGCUUAGGCUUGGUAGGCUUAGGCAUAGUAGGCUUAGGCUUAGUAGGCUUAGGCUUAGUAGGCUUAGGCUUAGUAGGCUCAGGCUUAGUAGGCUUAGGCUUAGUUGGCUUAGGCUUAGUAGGCCUAUAUUUAAUAGGCUUCGGCUUAGUAGGCUUAGGUUUAGCAGGCUUAGGCUUUGUAGGAUUAGGCUAUUUUGCUUUUAUUGGUCGUAUUUCACCUUUAUGUUACAGCAAAACCCAAUGCGAAGUCUAUUGUGGUGUGGUCGGCUGUCCGCACGGUGGUCAAGUGCUUCUGAAUCCGGACAAGAAACCGCAGAUUUGUGGGCCCGAAUCCCCAACCAAGUGUCCUCCAUCGCACACCUGUAUUCAAAUGGCAAAUGCCACUUUGGAUGGUGGGAUCUCGCAUUUCUGUUGUCCUACCAGGUUCACGAUCUGUGCCAUGAAAAUCGAUGAAGGCAAUGUUUGUGGCGAUCCGUCGAUUCGAUUCGCAUUCGAUCCGGAGCUGAGGCAGUGCAAACCGUUCAUGUUCAAGGGGUGUGGUGGAAAUGAAAAUAACUUUGAAGCGAUGCAGAGCUGCUUGAGCUUUUGUUCGGCUGCUGGUAAGUCAUCUUGAAUAUGUUGUGACUAUGAUAGUUCUGAUAGAUGUAUUAUUGUAUGUUAAGGCUUAGACCGGGCGGGUAGAUCUAUGAUAUUGAGUUAGGGUGGUUUCUAGAGGUCGGAGUGAUUCUAGGGCUAGGUGUAGAGGUAGGGCUAAAACUUAGGUGUAAUUCUAAAAGUAGGGGUAGUUCUGAGGGUAGGUGUAUGUUUAAAAGAAGGGGUAAUUCUAAGGGUAUGGUAAUUCUAAACGUAGGGGUUGUUUUAGGGGUGGAGAUAUUUCCAAAAGUAGGGGUGAUUCUAGGGCUAGGUGUUGAAGUAGGUCUUAAAAUUAGGGGUACUUCUAAGGGUGGGAGUAAUUCUAAAGGUAGUGGUAGGAUUAAUUGUAAGGGUACAGGUAGUUCUAGGAGUAGAGGUAGGGGUAAUUUUGGAGUUAGAGGUAGGGGUAACUCUAGGAGUAAUUCUAAAUGUAGGUGUAGCUCUAGGAGUAGAGGUAAGGGCAAUUCUAAAAGUAAGGGCGGUUCUAGGGGUAGGGGUAAUUUUAAGUGCGGGUAGCGGUAACUCUAGUGGUAGGGUAGGGGUAAAUCUGAAAGUAGGUGUAAUUUCAGGGGGGUUGGGGCAAUUGUAAGAAUAGGAAUAGUGCAAAAGUAGUUAUAAAAUAAGGGGUAGUUUUUGUGUUAGGGGUAAUUUUAAAAGCAGGGGUAGUUUUAUGAAAAGGUGGGGGUAAUUUUAAAAGCACGGAAAGUUCUAAAUAGAGGUAGGGGUAGAUGUAGGGGUAAGGGUAAUUCUAAAAGUAGGGGUAAUUCUAGGUGUAGGACUAGAUUUAAAGAUAAAACUAAUUUUAAAUGCAGUGUAGCACUAAUUUCAGUGUUAGAGGUAAGUGGUAAGUUUAAAAUACAGUUUUUAUUGUAAAAUACGGCCAAUGCUCCCGUUUCCUUAUAUUAUUAUUUCAUAAAAUUUAAAAACUUUAGCUUGCUCGGCUGGAGAAAUAAUAUACAAAGCGAAGGCCGAGGAUCCACCGGUCGAUUGUACAAAAACAGCUUGUCCAAAUGGGUUUGUAUGCGUGGCCGAUGUUACCAAUCCCCAAAAAAGUGUUUGUUGUGGGACUUUGAACAUGGGUAAGGCUAUGAUAAUAUGCCCUACCUUACCCUACCCUACCCUACCCUACCCUACCCUACCCUACCCUACCCUACCCUACCCUACCCUACCCUACCCUACCCUACCCUACCCUACCCUACCCUACCCCUACCCUACCCUACCCUACCCUACCCUACCCUACCCUACCCUACCCUACCCUACCCUGCCCUACCCUACCCUACCCUACCAUACCCUACCCUACCCUACCCUACCCUACCCUACCCUACCUAAUAUAAAAUGACAUUACAGGCGUCUGCCCAGACGGCCAAGGAGUCUUUAUCGAUGAAAGAAGCCAAAAACCACAAACUUGUGCUAGUGACAGAGCUACCGAUUGCCCUUUUGGCUAUUUAUGUGUUUAUAAUGAGAGAAGAAACAGGUUUUAUUGUUGUGCUCCCAAUAUCUACGAUUCGUGUAAGUUGUAAAGGUAAAAUACGCUCUGACUAUGUUUAGAUUGUAUAAUAAAAAACGUCUAUUUUCUAAAAUUAUCUAUUACUUUAUAAAAAUUUUUAAAAAUAUUUUUUGUCAAAAUUUUUAAAAAUACACCGCCAAAAUUUUUUUAAAAUUUACCAUGCCUUAAAAAUACUUAUUUUUAUUUACUUUUGGACAAAAAAAUUCUGAAAAUCUUAUUUUACACUCUAAAAAAUUUAUAUCCCUCCCCCAAAAAAAAAUUAAAAAUUUACCACGCCCUUAAAAAUUUUUAGAAAAUUUACGGUUGGACUAAAGUUUAAAAAAAAUCUAUUUUAGACACAAAAAAUAAUUUUAAUCCACCUCUGACAGAAAAUUUUUGAAAAUUUACCCCGCCUUAAAAAAUUUUUUUAUUAAUUAUAUAUGGUCUUAUCUUACCAUAGCCUUUAAUUCUAUGCUUUUUUUAUAACCUACUGAGAUGUUUUAAUAAUUUACCCCGCCUAAAAAAUUUUGCAAAUUGACUUACCCCCCCCUCCUUUUUACACAGCUUUUGCAAUUUUAACUUUUUUUUACAUCUACCCCGCCCUAAAAAUUUCAAAAAUUUACCACGCUUUAAAAAAUUUCAAAAAUUUUACCCGCCUUCACCAAAAAGAAAUUUUAUGUCGUUUUUUCCACAAUGGUUCGCCUUUAAUUAAUUUUAAAGUACUAUAAUAUAAAUACUAUUUUCAGUAAAAUGUCCAUCAGGUCUAGACCCAGCCAAGUCAGCCACCACCGACGCCAUAAUUGGCUGUUCCGUCGACAGACAAUGCCCUCCCGGCUCUCGUUGUCACAAAUCGAAUGGAGAACAUCAGUCUGGACUAUGUUGUAUGACUGGUCCACCCUGUCCACCUACCUUCGUAUUGGACGUAGAGCAGAGCCGAAAGGUGUGUAGUCCAAUGAAGUCGGCUACGUGUGAGGACGGUACAUCGGUCUGUUUGUACAGUGAUAUUCUGGAGCGGUUCGUUUGUUGUCGGAGGACGAAUCGACCAUUCAAAGAGUUGGGAAAAUGCCCUGGGGAGAUGACCAGAGACUCGGAGAAUCGACAGUGUAGCCAGAAGGAGCUGUGUCCGCCGAGCUUCAAUUGUAUUCGAAGAAACUUUGACAGAGUUGGGAUAUGUUGUAGACAUAAGAACAGUGUCAAUGUUGUCAGCUAUCCAUGUGAGUUUGAUUUAUAGUAGUACAGGGUAAUAAGGAAAAGGCAACGCUAGGCAACGGUAAGUAGUUCAGAAGAAAUCAGACUACUGUAGAGCGGAGUAGGGUAAGGUAAGGCAUGUUGGAGUCGAACGGAUAGGGCAGGGUAGAGCGCAGGGCAAGGCUAGACAAAGGAAAGCAGGAAAAUAAUGAAGGACAAGGUAAGGCAGGUCAGACUAGGGUAGAGUGAAAUAGGGUAGGGUUUAAUUAUAAAACGGCAAAAACUUUCAUUACAUAGCAAAAACUGGCAAGAACUUUCUUUACAAAACAAAAAAUGGCAAGAACUUUCUUUACAAAACAGAAAAUGGCAAGAACUUUAUUUUUAUAACAAAAAAUAACAAAAACUUUUUUUACAAAAUCAGAAAUUGCAAGAACUUUCUUUACAAGAUAAAAAAUGGCAAGAACUUUCUUUACAAACUAAAAAAUAGCAAGAACUUUCUUUACAAAACAAAAAAUGGCGAAAAAUUUCUUUACAAAUUAAAAAAUGGCAAGAACUUUCUUUACAAAGCCUAAAACGGCAUUAACUUUUCUUACAAAACAAAAAGUAGCAAAAAUUUUCUUUACAAACCGAAAUUGCUACCUAUUUUUAGUAAAAUGCCCAAACAAAGGCAAGCCCUACCGUGACUCAGCCGGCCUAAACCAAAUCUGUAACGAUCAAAUCAAGUGUCCAGACGGCUUCAAAUGUCAGCUAUCAGAGUCUCCAGGCAGUAAAAGUCGACUAUGCUGCUUAGAACCAAAGAAGAUGGUAUCUUGCCCUAGUAAUCUACUGCCAUUAUCAGCUGAUGGUGUUGAACAGAACUGUACCGAGUCCAAUUGUCCAUCCGGCUACAAGUGUAAUGAUGGCAUUUGUUGUCCGACCCAGGAGUUUGCUUGCUCUGUACAGUUUUAUGCUGGCGUUAGGUGCAGUAAUGUAAAGCCUUUACAGAGGUGGUACUUUCAUUCCGCUACAGGUGGGUUUUGGUAUUGUAUAGGGUCCAAGAAUGAGUAGGAGGGUAAUGUUUGGUACAGUAUAGAACUAAAGAAGAGCUAGAGGGUAGGAGGUAUAGAGUACGAGAUCGGGGAUAGUGGGUAGGGGGUAUAAUAGGGUAGAUGCGGGGUAAGGAAGGUAGUUCUAGGUAAAGUAAGGGCCAACUAUGGGGUUAGGGGGUAGUUUUUGGUAAGUGUAAAGCCAAUGAAGGGGGUAGCGGGUUUUUUUUGUUACAGUAUAGAGCUAGAAAGGAGUUAUGUGGUAAGGGUAGAAGGAAGAGGGUAUGGUAAAGCUAGAAAACAAUUUAGGGGGGGGGGGGGGGUAAAACUAAGAAAAUGACAUUUUAAAUGUAAUUUUAGGAAGAUGUCAGCCAUUUGUUUAUAAUGGGUGUACUCCAAGUGCCAACAAUUUUGCUGACGAACGAACGUGCUAUCGACUGUGCGUGGAAAGCGAGGCUUUCGAGGUUAAACGUAAGUUUUAAACACUUCGAGAUAUAAUACGGUAAGAAAGUAUAAAAUAAUAUUGUAGUGCGGUCGUAUUUCACAUACAAGACGGAAGAUUUCGUAGUUUGGACUACAAGAUAUACUUAAUUUCAGGACACUGUUCCUUUCCAUUCAAAGACCCUAAAGCCGGUCUGAUCAAAGAAUGCAGUGAGGAGAACAUGGAAUGUGAAGGUAUAAUAUUCUAUAUUACUUUUAUUAGGUUGUUCAAAUAAUUCUGAGCUCCCUAUCUUUAAAACGUUUUUGUAAUAUUGGGCACAGAAUUAACUGAACACUUUAAUACUUCCUUUGCCUUAUAUAGGGCAUGUGUAAUUUUUUACUAUUAAUAUUAGUGGGGGGGGAGGAGUGGAUUUGUAAUUAUUUGAAAGUUUUUGAUACCAACUGAUUCCAGAUGAUUUGAUAUGUGUCCACAACGCCUUUGGGUUAAUGUUAUGCUGUGCACCACAAGAGAAGCCUGAAGAUCCGAAUGAUAAACUGGUCAAAGGGAAACAACCCCUUUGUGGUCCUGGAUAUAUACCGUAAGCUUAAAGUUGUUCAAUGCUAUUAAAGGGACGGUAGGGUAGGGUAGGGUAGGUUAGGUUAGGGUAGGGUAUAUUCAUAAAACUCAAUUUCCAGCUUGAUUGAUGCAGUGGCAGAAGAGCCGGUCCAUUGUCAUCCCUUCUCGCAGCCAUGUGACAAAGGCCAAAUCUGUCAAUACAGUGCCGGCUUCGCUGGUUACCUCUGUUGUCUAAUGCCUCCAGAAUCGGACAAAAAGCCAACAACCAGAAAGCCUAUGAAUCAAUUGGCCAUAAAAACAUUUCCUCUUAAAUUUAAGCCUAAUAGAAAAGGUGUUACAUCAAAUUUAGUCGCCACAACACCAAAAAAACCUAAAGUAAUAUCGGAAGAAGAUGAGGAAGAUGAAUAUUUUGAUAGUUUAGAAGGAAAUAGAUGGAGUGGGGUUGGUGAUAACAGUGGUAAAGGAAGAAGUAGAAGUAGAGAAAACGGUUUUGGCAGGAAUUCUGGUCUAUCGACUGAGAUUGGGAUCAAUCGAGCGAAUGGUAGGUUGAUGUAGAGAAUAUCGGAUAUAGGUAUAGAAAAUUGGUCAUUCUUGUUUGAUGGGCCGUCAGAUUGACUUGUAAUUGACUGUGAAGUGGCGAAUUAGUAUUAGUAUUGUAAUGUUUUGACCAGUUUUUGAAAAUUUAGUUUAAAUUUUUUAAAAUUUGAGAUUAUAUUAAGGAUGAGGGAUUAGCUCAGUAGAUAUAAAAAAUUGGUCGUUUUUUGUUUGAAAUGCUGUUGAACUAGCUUGAAAUUUUAAGUAGAGUUGAUAAAUAGCAUUGUUUUUGCAUUUUUGUAAAAUAUUUUGAAAAUAUUUAAGAAUUUGAAUUUACGUUAAGGACGGCCUUAAAAUCUUACCUUUUUCAGAACUUUCUUCCCUAACUCAUUUGAAUCAUCUUGUAAAAAGUCGACCACUAAUACCAAAUGGCCUUAAAAGCAGUAGAAUAACAUCAUCACUCACAACAGAUUACAGUAUUCGUCCUACUGUCAGUGUUUUGUCCGUUUCGGACAACUUUAUCGAGCCGGAUGAGGAAGAUGUCGCUGACGUUUUAAUCAAAGAACCAGUUGUUUCUUUUGAUGAUUAG